GCGGGGGCGCGCAGGGCGGGCGGGGGCGCGCGGGCCCGCCGCAGCCUGCCGCCAGUUUGGGCGAGGUGUUUCAGGUACUCCGAGCCCGCGCUAACCACCAAUAAAGGAGGCCGUCACACCAUGGUCCAACACUGACCCAAAACCAAAUCAAUCAAAUACAUAUCAAAAAAUGCACUGAUCUUAACUUUAAGCAAAUUAAACUUUACAAUUUAAAAAAAGAAACAAACCAAAAAGUUUACACUAGAAAUUAAGAGACAACCGACUGGCUUGUAAGAAUUCGCUCGAAGCGUUCGAUUUUUGAAUUAGUUUCGUUCGGUUUUCGGGGCGCUCGCCCCGGGGGCGCGACGGUGGAGGAGGACGGGGGAGCGCUGCUGGCGCGGCUGCAGGGGGCGCUGCGCGGGGGCGCCGCCGCCGCCUCGCCCGCCCGGGUCGCCAGCUCCAUCCGCGGCUACCUCACCGAGCGGGUCGGCUCGCUGAACCUCAGGGACUCAGGUUCCGAAGUCCCAUACGAGGGUCGCGGCGGGAGUCAAUGAGCAGUGAACGUGACAGACAUACAACUCGAUAUAGGAGGGAGCGGGACACACACACAAUACACACUCCUCAGCUAAGACACUCAAGAAUGCUGUCAAUCUUUCGGAAAAGGUAGAAGAUAGUGUCGAAAAGUAUAAAUAUAAGUCGUCGAGAUGGAGGACGGCCCUCAGUCAGUAUGGCAGAAGAUCGACGGCGCCACCAUCCCGGUGGUGAACCUGGAGGUGAAGGAGGUGCGCGAGAUCCUGUGGGAGAAGAUCCAGGAGCCGACAUCGCAGCGGAAGAUCAUCCUCGUGAUCGUGUCCAUCGCGCUGCUGCUGGACAACAUGCUGUACAUGGUGAUCGUGCCCAUCAUCCCCGACUACCUGCGCUACAUCGGCGCGUGGGGCGAGGAGUCGUACGACCACACCGUGUUCCUGCCGUCCUACCAGGAGGGCAACAAGACCAUCACGCCCACCAAGAUCAUCCCCGCGUCGCGCGAGGGGCAGGAGUCCGCCACCGGCCUGCUCUUCGCCUCCAAGGCCAUCGUGCAGCUGCUGAUCAACCCCUUCUCCGGUGCCUUAAUCGAUAGGAUCGGCUACGACAUCCCGAUGAUGAUCGGGCUCAUCAUCAUGUUCCUCUCCACCACCAUCUUCGCGUGCGGCCGCAGCUACGGCAUGCUGUUCUUCGCCCGGAGCCUGCAGGGGGUCGGCUCUGCGUUCGCCGACACCUCCGGAUUAGCCAUGAUAGCGGAUAGAUUCACUGAGGAAAACGAAAGAUCUAAGGCUCUGGGUAUCGCACUCGCCUUCAUCAGCUUCGGCUGCCUCGUGGCGCCUCCGUUCGGGGGCGCGCUGUACCAGUUCGCCGGCAAGGAAGUGCCAUUCUUGAUCCUCGCUCUGAUAUCCCUGCUUGACGGCUUCAUGUUGCUUCUCGUAAUGAAGCCUUUGAGUGUUCAAAUGAAAGAGGCGCGGGAACCAAAAGUAGCCGGCACCCCCAUAUACCGGUUGCUCAUGGACCCGUACAUCGCGGUGUGCGCGGGAGCCCUCAUGAUGUCCAACGUGGCGCUGGCCUUCCUCGAGCCCACGAUCUCGAUGUGGAUGGAAGACCACUUGACCAAAGACAACUGGAAGAUCGGUAUGAUCUGGCUGCCCGCGUUCUUCCCGCACGUGCUGGGUGUGAUCAUCACGGUGAAGAUGGCGCGGCAGUACCCGCAGCACCAGUGGCUGAUGGCGGCCGGCGGGCUCGCGCUCGAGGGGCUCUGCUGCUUCAUCAUUCCGUUCGCGAACUCGUACAAGAUGCUGAUGAUCCCGAUCUGCGGCAUCUGCUUCGGCAUCGCGCUGAUCGACACGGCGCUGCUGCCCACGCUGGGCUACCUGGUGGACGUGCGCUACGUGUCCGUGUACGGCAGCAUCUACGCCAUCGCCGACAUCUCCUACUCGUUCGCAUACGCCGUGGGGCCCAUCAUCGCCGGCGAGGUGGUGGAGGCCAUCGGCUUCACGGCGCUCAACCUGUUCAUCGCCUUCAGCAACCUGCUGUACGCGCCCGUGCUCAUCAAGCUGCGCCACAUCUACGACUUCAAGCCCUUCGAGAACGAGGCCAACAUCCUCAUGGCGGACCCGCCCGAGAAGGAGUACCAGACGUACAGCAUGCAGGACCAGCGGCCCGUGGACCUGGAGCAGAAGAACCACCUGGAGUACUCCGGCGGGGCCGUGCAGGAGUCCAACGUGGACGCCGGCAGCUACACGUACGACCAGUCGUACCAGGGCGGCUACCAGGCGCAGGGCGGUGGCUACCAGGCGCAGGGCGGCGGCUACCAGGCGCAGGGCGGCGGCCACCAGGCGCAGGGCUACCCCGCGGCGCACCCCGAGGCGCCAGCGCCGCGCCAGCUGCCCGCGCAGCCCGCCGCCAGCAACCCCUUCCGCGCCGCCGCCGCGCCCGCCCCCGCCCCCGCGCCCGCGCCCGCCCCGACCGGGCCCACCAUCAAAAACCCCUUCCGACAAGGUUUCUAGAGUGCUCCUACAUUCGGUGUUGUUGUCUUUAACUACUUGUUGUGUAUUAUAAAUGUCAUAUAUUUGGUAUAACUUCGAUCACUGAGCCGCAGUCACCGCGGCGAGUUGUUUAGUGUCUGAUGAGAUGUUUAUGACUAGCUGUGCUUGUAUCUACUUAUUCUACUGUUUACUUGUUGAUUUGUGUCGUUCUUAUAAACUACAUACAACUGUUAUGCCUUUUCAUAGGAUAUAAAUUAUAUGUGCUGUAAUUAUCACAUUUAGGAACCAAUUUAUUUAGAGUCCUAUCAAUUAUCAAGAAAAUAAUUGAGCAAAUAUUGUACUGGUAGAGAAAUAGAAAAUACUUACCUACCACCAAAUAACAAACUAAAGGACUUGUGUGGUAUAAUUCACAAACAAAAGGUUUGUGAGUAUAUAGUUUGAUAAUGAGAAGAAUCUAUAUUGUACUUGUUAGUAGGUUUAAUGUAUUGAAUUAAUGAUGAUAGUUAUGGAGGACAUUGUGUAUCGAACAUGUGUUCAUCCAAAAUUUGCAGAAUCACAAUUUUGUAGGAAAUGUAUCAAAGAUCCGCACUAUUAUCGAGGGCCUAAGGUAUUUAUUCAAAUUGGGCUUUUCUCGGAUUUUACUGACACUCUGUCUUAAUUAAUGGCUAAGUUAUGAUAUUUGAAAAUAUCAAUUUUUAAAAAGCUAGUUACAAGAAUUAUUAUGAACCUAACAUAGGUAAUAAUGUCAGAUUAUUAGGAUCACUGAAGCUAAACUGGUAGCGUUGACCAUCUACUAAAAGAAAUGUGUAAAAUGUACAUUAGGAUGAUGUUUGUACAUAAAAUAAAAAAUAGUAUAUACCUUACA